UCGUGUUAGUUUUCAAAGGUUAUAAAUUUUCAUUACCAGUAUUAUUAUUUUAUUAUAAUUAAUAAAUAUUUAUUGAAACUCAUUACUUUUUAAAUUCUACAGACAAUCACACUCUUGGAGUUCAUACAAUUUUGUAAUUAAAAUAUAAACACAUGAAAAUGUCUGUAAUAAAAAGACCAACGACUGUACGUUUUGAAUGGGAGGCAAAAGACAUUUUCCAACCUAUGAAGUGGAUUUAUUCAGACCAAUUUUUCAUGGACGGCGUUAACGACGUGGCGUUUAAUCUUGGACUCCGUGCUAACAACACCGGUUACAUUGACGUCAGAGUAAUGAAGGGUAAUUUGGAGCUGGCAGAUGCUACAGUGGAGAUAACCAGCAAAGACGGUCCCUGGAAGCGCGAGAUAAAAGUAGCCAAAUGGAAAAAUCUCUGCGUGAUAAAUGAUUUUAUGAAGAAACCAGUAACUUAUGAAGAAGUUUACAUCAACGGACACUACUCGUACGUUUACACAGUCAACAUAAUGUGUAAAAUUCUAUGGAACGGUUUCAUUGACGACGAGAGAAUAACCAGAAUGGACGACACCAAUUUGUUUGAAGACUUGAGGAAGUUCCACAAGUCCCAGCUCUUUAGCGACGUCACCCUGACUAUUGAGGGCCACGACCUGCCGGCUCACAAAAUUAUUCUUGCGGCUCACAGUCCGGUGUUUGCUAAAAUGCUGACUGCUGAUACCCGGGAGUUGAAGAACAGAAUCAUUGAGAUAACGAACAUCAAGGCCGAGUCUCUGGCUGAUAUGCUGACGUUCUUUUACACCGGAAGGACAAAAGGAGCCGAGAAUGUCAACAAUGCGCUGCAGAUGCUUGAGGUUGCCAACAUUUACCAGGUCAACAAGUUGAAGUCUGUCUGUGAGGCAACCUUGUUGAGAUUGAUGACUGUCGACAAUGUCCUGCGUAUCGUUGACGCUGCUGAUGACUUCAAUGCCAUCAGACUUCGCGAGGACGCUCUUACUUUUAUGGCCAACAACAAAGACAAGAUUGUUGAGCUCCCGAGUUUCAAAACUUUGUUCUUUAAAAAAGUUGAGCUCAUGUAUGACUUCAUGUGCUCACAUGAAUCCAAACGCAUGAAACUUACUGUCGAAUAAUUUAUUAGACGAAUUGUAAGAUGUUCAAUUAUUGGUUUUUAUAUUUUGUUAAUUCCAGGCAGACUCUCAGUUAUAAAAAUUUAUUGAUAUUCAAAUUAGAGCUCGUUCUAAGAUUUGAUUAUUAAUAUUUUCAAUUAUCAUAAUUAAUGUUCAUUGUGUUGAAAUCAAGUAAUUGGUCAAUUAUAUUAUAAUUUCUGUAAUUACAAUCAUGUGAAUUUUUUUAAAAUUCAUUAAUUUCUUUAAUUAU